AUGAAGCCUCGCGGGCUUUUGGUGGCAAUUUUGGCGGUGUUUUUAGGCGCCGUGCCAACAAUUCUCGCCAAACCCUUCAAUUUGCCACAGACUAUUAGUGAGUUGAUUUAUUUACUUGAAUAAUUUUGGGGCCCGAUUUUCUCAAGGUAACUUUUUCAACCUGUAGUUCUCGAGGAGGAUUUUUCCAACCCAAGAAAAAAAUCUUCUCCUCGAGAACUACAAAACUUGGUAUCGAAAAAAAGGAGAUUUGACCUUACUGAUCUUCUUAGCCUAACUCAAAGCCUACCAAAACCCAAAAAAAAAGUGUCCAAUUUCAUACCUGAAUAACUUUUUCCAUGCAUUAAUUAGAGACCCACUUUUUUUUGAAUGCCAAAAAACCUUAGUUUUGAGAAAUUCCCAGGUAUUUUGUGUGUUGUUAGAUUAACAAAUUCACGGCUCAUUUCAUUUGUCCAAAGAUGUCCAAAUUCGAACAAAAAAACAGAGAAUUUCCAAAAAAAAAGGGACAAGGUUAGGAAAAUGCAUGAUUUUUUGCGUGUGAGAAAAUUUUGGAAACUAUUUUUGAAGAGGAGCCGAAAUUUUUCUAAUAUAAUAUGAGCAACAUCAGAAAAAUUGGAGAAUUUUAAGUUAAAGUUGAAUUUUUUAAAAGUUAGACUUAUGAGAUAUCUUUCUAGCCCAAAUUUCAGCCCAAAUUCAAAUUUUCAGAAGAGUUUUCUGAAAUUUUCAGAUUCGCCUUAAAAUUAAGAGCAUUUUCAGCUUUAAUAUGAGCAACAUCAGAAAAAUUGGAUCAUUUUAGGCUAAAAUUGAAUUUUUCAAAAUUUAGACUUAUGAGGUAUCUUUCUAGCCCAAAGUUCAGCCCGAAUUCAAAUUUUCAGAUGAAUUUUCUGAAAUUUCCAGAUUCGCCUUAAAAUUAAGAGCAUUUUCAGCUUUAAUAUGAGCAACAUCAGAAAAAUUGGAUCAUUUUAGGCUAAAAUUGAAUUUUUCAAAAUUUAGACUUAUGUGAUAUCAUUCUAGCCCAAAUUUAGACCCGAAUUCAAAUUUUCAAAAGAAUUUUCUGAAAUUCUCAAAUUCGCCUUAAAAUUUUGAGCAUUUUGAGCUAUAAUAUGAGCAAUGUAUGUGGAAAAAAUACGUUUCAAAAUUUUUUCCAAAAAAAAUUCGAAUUCUCAAAUUUUGGCGCCAAAAAAAGUUGAUUGUCAUUUCCGUGUGUAAAAAAUUUCAUAUUUAUUUAUUUUUUGUUUGUGUUUGUCAAAGAAGACCUUGAAGUUUUCUUCCGAUUUGAUAAAUGACCGAAAAAUGAAAGUUUUUUGGCUGAUUCAUAAUUUAUAGUUCAAAAAAUGAGAACGAGAACUAGAAAAAUAUGAUUUCGGAAUGAAAUUUUCAAAUUUAGCACCAAAAUCUCUCAGAAUUACUCUAUAUUUUUCAAAAAAUAUUGAAAUAUCGAUCAAUAUUUUUUCCCAGAAGAAAAAUUAUUAUAAAAAUUUGCCAAAUAUUUGUGUUAAUCUCUAAAUUGAUUUGACAUUGGACAACGCUUUUUUUGGAACUACCACAAAAUUCAAUGGAAUUUUAGUUAGCCUAAUUUGCAAGAGGGUCAAGAGAUGAAAAAUAAGGGAAAAAGGGAACAUUCGGAAUUUUUUGGCGGGAAAAUUUUCCCAAGCUAUGUUUGGUGUCAAAAUGCUCCAAAUCCUCUCCCAACCUCAAAUUUUGCUCUCAAAACCAUAAUUUCCAGCCUGCGCCGACAACAUUUAUGUAUAUAUAAAUCAAACCGUCUCCGAUCGAACACCCUACACAUUUGUCGAAAUCAAAUCGCCGUCAAUUCAAGAUUGUAUCAAAAAAUGUUUUGGCAAUCAAUUUUGCUAUUCUCUCCAAUUCGACAGCUCAAAAUCUGACAGUUGUGCGCUGUUUUAUUUUGCCGCCUAUAAUUGUACUGGACAACAAUUGGUGCCGGCUGAAAGUGUACAAUAUUCUGGAGGAGUUUUGACUAUUGAUUGUUUGAGAUGUCCGUCAAAUGGCGAUUUUGGUAAGUUUAGUGGUCCCAGGGAGUUUUGGGGGAAAUUUCUAUGGCAUCGUGAGAUUCCUCAUGAAAUUCCGGUUCGUGUGACAUACAAAAAGCCUAUCUCUGCUAGAAUUUUGUUUUCGGGCCUUUUUAGGCCUGGAAGGUCUGAUUUUCAAAUAUGGUCUUGUUGUAUGUCUAAAAACGUGGAAUUUCACGCUGAUUAUCAUGAAAGUCAUGGAAAUCCGUCAAAAUGACUGCAAACCCCUAUCAACCUCCUAAAAAUCCUGUUUUCACUAUAAAAUCCGGUCAAGAUGAAAAUUUUCCAAACUUUCAAUACCACCAUGCGAUUUCUCAUGAAAUUCUGGAUCGUUUGAUAUACAACAAGUCUAUCUUUGCUAGAAUUUUGUUUUCGGGCCUUUUUGGCCCGGAAAGCCUGAUUUUCCAUAAUUUUUUUUCUAGCCUUGUUGUAUGUCUAGAAACGUGGAAUUUCACGCUGAUUAUCAUGGUGCUAAUGAAAAUCACCUCAAAAUCGAAAUUUUCAGUGACCGCUCCACCAUUCACCAGUCUAACCGAGCAAACAAUCACCGCUCACGGUCAACAAGGCGAAAAACUCAUCGAGAAACCGCUCGUCGAAGAGAUCACUCAUAAUAUCGAUUCGAAAUUGGGUAUGUGCCUUCAAAGAAUCCACGUGGCAUUAAAAAUACAUGUUUCAGAAUCUACUACCACAACUUCACCUAACUCAGCCACAGCUAUUGUAGAUCUUCAAGUGUCGGAUACAACUACAGGUAAUUAACUAAUCAAUCAAUUAAUCCACGUGGCAAUUUUAACCAGCACCUCGCAUGAUUUUUGCACCCACUUUUGCAGAUUGGCGUCCAAUUUUCGAGCCCACUCAAAAAUGCGCCGGCGAAAAUCUCAAAUUCCACGUGGAACGACGUGUCGAUCAGGAGUUGGUGCAACUCUACGUGAAUUCCACGCGUGCCACGUCACUCGCUCAAUGUGCUCAAAUUUGUUUUGAAUUCGAAUGUGGAGUAUGUGUGGCCCCCAUUAAGCCUACUUAGCCUAAGCCUAUGUUUUUUUGUAGUCCGCUUACUAUGACCCGCAAACUGCCACGUGUCAAUUCACUGUGGAUACGGAAAGAAUGGUGGAUGAGGAGUACUGUAGCAAUCAUCGCGAUACGGUAGAUUCAAGUUAUGACGUGGCAGGAGAGCCGGUGCAAAUUGAUUGCUUGAAAUGUCACGGUAUGCAUGUUUUUGCACUCAGCUUUUACUCACUGAAAAUCACAAACUUUGGAUUUUUGAUAGCUGAAUCGUGAUCAGCGUGAAAUUUCACGUUUUUUGAUAUACAACAAGGCUGGACUCGGAGAAAGUAGAUUUUUAGGCCUUCUUCGGGCCCCAAAAAUCAUUUUUUUCCGAACCAGGCAUUGUUGUAUGUCAAAAAACGUGAAAUUUCGUGCUGAUUAUGAUGUUGCCAUUGAAACCUGAUGAAAAUUUGGUUUUACCCGGUUUCUGAUCUAUGAAAAUUCCGUUUUUCUGAUGAAAUAAAGUCUAAAUCAAGUUUUCAAGGAAAAUCAUCAACACCACGAUGACCAGCGUGAAAUUCCACGUUUUUAAUAUACAACAAGGCUGGACUUGGAAAAAAUUGAUUCUUAGGCCUUCUUCGGGCCUGUAGGCCCCAAAAAUCAUUUUUUUCCGAACCAGGCAUUGUUGUAUGUCAAAAAACGUGAAAUUUCGUGCUGAUUAUGAUGUUGCCAUUGAAACCUGAUGAAAAUUUGGUUUUACCCGGUUUCUGAUCUAUGAAAAUUCCGUUUUUCUGAUGAAAUAAAGUCUAAAUCAAGUUUUCAAGGAAAAUCAUCAACACCACGAUGACCAGCGUGAAAUUCCACGUUUUUAAUAUACAACAAGGCUGGACUUGGAAAAAAUUGAUUCUUAGGCCUUCUUCGGGCCUGUAGGCCCCAAAAAUCCUUUUUUUCCAAACCAAGCCUUGUUGUAUGUCAAAAAACGUGGAAUUUUGUGCUGAUCAUCAUGAAAUCACCAAAAUUUCAGCCGCAGACACCACAACCACCACACAAGCUGCACCAACCACAGAAGCCGCAGCCACCCAACAAAAAAUCGGUCAACAACAAGCCGAAGAAACGCCGAAAGGUAAUUAUUAUCCAGGUGAAUUCGCUUUGCUUUCCUCUUAUUUUUCGACAUUUUCAGUUCGCUUGAGCUAGAUUUUUAGACAACAUUGCUCAUGUUAUACUUUUCUUCUGUUCAUUAUGAUUUUUUCUAGCAUGCUAUAUUAAUUUCCAAGUCGAAAAACCCGAGCCAGGAUUUGAGCAUUAUGCGGUGAAAACUGUCAAAAGGUUUGUUUAUUUUUGGUUUGGAGUUGAGUUUGGUGGAGUUUCGAGCGGGGACCACUGAGAUUUUUAAAAUUUUGUGGGUUUUAUGGUGAUCAGCAUGGAAUUUGGAGUUUUUUGAUAUACAACAAGACUUUGUUCUAUGAAUUUAAGAAAUUUCGAGACCCCCCCCUGAACUUUUUUUUCCAGGAGGGGUCAAAAAUUGACUUUUCCCAAACCUAGCCUUGUUGUAUGUCUAACGAACCGGAAUUCUGUGCUGAUCACGAUGCUUCAAAUAAAAAGUCUUAAAAACCCACUUCUUAGGGCCUUAAGAUCCCUAAAAAUCAAAUGUUCUAAACCUAGCCUUGUUGUAUGUCUUUCAAACCAUAAUUUCACGUAAAUCACCACAGUCCCACUCAAAACUCCUUCAACCUGCCGCCAUUUUCAGUUCAAACAAAUUUUGAGUUCUCUCUAUAAUUUUGCAGUGCAAACGCAUGCGCUCGUUUCUGUUUCGUCGGUUUGUGCACAGUCGCCGUGUACUCGCCGGCAAGUGGCGAAUGUCGUUUGGGGCGGGAUCGUCGCGAAAAAUGCACAGAGACACCGAAUCAAUUUGGGUACAAGGGACAGGAUGACGUGGCAUUACAGUGCUUCCGUUGCAGUUAGUUUUUGAGUUGAUUUUGGUUUGGUUAUAUAGUUUUUUUUGAGUUUUGGGAUAUUAGGGAGCUCUAAAAUACCUUAGAGUGCUCUAGAGAAUCCUUGGAAGCCUUAAGGUCCUUAAGGUAUUCCUAAGGAACCCUAGGAAUUCCCAAAAGCACGAAUUCUUGCAGGUCCUAGAAAGCAUGUUGCUAGCACAGAUUUCCAAGUCGAAGGUUCGACUACGGUAUCAUCGGUAGAUCAAACUACACCAGCCGCAGAGCAAACUACAAAUGCUCCAGAAGGGGCAGGAGAUCAAACUACACAAAGUUCUUCUGAUGAGCAAACUACACCAGAAGGACAAGAUCAAACUACACAAAAUCCAGAAGACGGCGCUGAUCAAACUACAAACCCAUCAGAAUCAUCUGAGCAAAGUACAACUUCUCCUGAUCAAACUACACCGGAAAUUUCAGAAGUUUCCGAUCCAGAACCUGCAAUUUCUACAAAAGUAGAAUUAGCCAAAGAUAAUGCUGGUGUCAAAACCACACAAAGGAAACGUAAGCAUGACUAGACUGUAGUCUAAGCCUGAGUUUGGGCCUUUUUUAGGCUAUAGGCUUUCUAAAAAAAAUGAAAUUUUCAGAUUGCGUCAUCAAGUUCCAAGCCCGGCCACUCACCCAACGCCCAGAAAAUCUGAAAGCCAAAUUCGAGUUGGAUGUUCCGGUGGAUUCUAUUGAACUUUGUGCGACUAGAUGUUAUCAGGUAGGGAAAUUUGGAUAGCCUGGCCUAGCCUGAAACGGCCCGAAAAUCAUUUUUUUUCUAAACCUAGCCUUGUUGUAUGUCAAAAAACGUGAAAUUUCGAGCUGAUCACUCAAAACCUAAUUUCAGGACGGUUGCUCUGGCGCACGUUUCGAGCCAGUCGGUAGAAAAUGCACACUCUCCUACGACGACCCUCAAUUCUGUGCUCGUGGAAAUGUUUUCAUUCACUACGAGGCCAAAGAAGCCACGUGGCUUCACUGUGUAAAUUGUUACACUGUGAAACCUUCAGACAUCGAUGAGGCCAGAACCGGCACGACUACUGUAGCACCAGUGGGAACUACAGUAGCCUCAGAGGAAAGUACAGUAUCUCCAGGAGAAGAUCAAACUACAGUACCAAGUGGAGAAACUGCAACAACCACAUCAUCUGAGGAAUCAACCCCACAAGCCGACCAAACUACAGUAUCCCCGAUUACUGUAACAACUACCGUACCCAGCGCAGACGGAGAUUUCCAACGAGGAUGUCUCAUCAAAUUCCAAGCUCGCCCGCUCACCGAAAGACCCAAGGAAUUUUCGGCGAAAUUCGAGAAGGAGAUCAAAGUUGGAUCGGUUGAGAUCUGUGCGACCAGAUGUUAUCAGGAUGGAUGUUCAGGCGCCCGAUUUGAUCCAGUAUGGAAUUUGUGUAGUUUGAGUUAUGAUGAGAAGCAUUAUUGUGCGCGUGGCGAUGUUUUCUUGCAAUAUAUGGCCAAGGAGGUGACGUGGAUUCAUUGUGUUAAUUGUUGUGAGUGCGGGAGGGAGAGGGAGUUAAGGUAACUCAUAACAAUAUAGAUUUCAAAGGGCUUCAAAAUAAGCCUAAAUAUGAUAGGGUUUUGGUAGAGUUAGGCUAACUUGAAGCUAAUGUUUAGGGCUUCAAAAUGAACCUAAAUACUUUUGAGCUGGGAAAACUUUUCGAUACAGUAAUCCGGGUCUCGCAACGAAAAAUUCAAAACUCAAAGGAACAUAAGCUUAUGAGGUGUCUUUCGAACACAAAUUCUAUGAAAAAUCCAAAAAUAGUCUUAUUUCGUCUUAAAAUGAAGCCCUAAAUGCCCUAGAUACAGUAAUCCGGAUCUCGCCACGAAAAAUUCGAAAAUUCAAAAGAAAAUAAGCUUGAGGUGUCUUUCGAACCCGAAUUUUGUUUUAUCGAAAAUUCCCAGGGCUUCAGAGUUCCUAAGCAAAGUUAGGCUAAAUCUCAGAAUUUUUCCAGACGCCAUCAAAAAUCAACCAAUAAUUCCACCAACUACAGUAACUCAAUCACCAUCAGAAGCUACUACAGUAGCCUCGGAAACUUCUUCAGAAACUCCAGAAUCUUCAGGAGAACAACCAGAGGGCACUACAGUAAGCCAAUCUGAGACAACUACAGUAACCCAAGCUCCAGAAGGCGAAUCAACAACUACAGUAGGCAGUGAAGAAGGAACAACGCAAUUGACAAAAAUCGGGCAAGAAAAUGAUGAUGAGGGAAGUCUGCUGAAAGGCUGUGUUGUGCAUUUCCAGGCUCAGAAUAUUGAGGAGAGGCCUUCGGAAUUUGUAGCGCCGUUUGAGUUGAAUUUGAAGACGGAGACAGCGGAAAUUUGUGCGCAUCGAUGUUAUCAGGUACGGUAAAAUGAACUAGAUUUUAAAGGAACAUACAGUAACCCUCUUUUUUGUAGGAUGGUUGCACAGCUGCUCGCUUCACACCUUCCAGUCAACAAUGCUCUUUGGCUUAUGAAGAUAAACCAUUCUGUAAUUCGGCUAAGUUGGUGAAUAUCGAUCGAGCUGAUGGAGUUCGAUGGAUUCAUUGUUUGUCGUGUGUACCUUUGAAACAUGCAAAGGUUUCCGAGAAUAAUGAUGAAGCUUCUGGAAUUAUUGAGCCAGCUUCUGUAGAGGAAUCUGCUACUCCUGAAGUUACUGAGGCUUCUGGAGAGGCUACUGAAUCCACCACAGCUGGAACAACUUCGGAGGAGGGAUCUGGCGAAUCUGAGACUACUACUCUUAGUUCUGAAGCUUCUGGAGAGGAGUCGACAACUCCUGAAGUUACUGAAGCUUCUGGAGAAUCUAGUGAAUCCACCACAGCUGCGACAACUUCGGAAGAGGGAUCUGGUGACGCUGAAUCGAGCACAACACCAGCAGAAUCAUCUGGAGAGGAAUCGACUACUCCAACAACAUCUGAAGUCACUGAAGCUUCUGGGGAAGCUGAAUCUACCACCCCAGAAACAUCGGAAAAUCAAGAUGAGGGAUCUGGAGAAUCAGAAGCCACUGAAGCUUCUGGUGAAUCAACAGAAUCUACGACUUCAGCCACAACUUCGGAGGGUUCUGGGGAGUCAGAAGCCACCACCCCAGCAGAAUCAUCUGGAGAAUCGGAAGUCACUGAAGCUUCUGGGGAAGAAACGACAACUGUAGCAGCAUCUGAAGAUGGAUCUGGUGAAUCUACUGAAGCUUCUGGAGAACCAUCUGAAUCCACAACACCAGGCACACCAUCAGAAGAAGGAUCUGGAGAAUCUGAAGCCACUACCGUUCCAACUGAAUCUUCUGGAGAAGAAUCUACAACUCAAUCUUCAUCUGAGGCUUCUGGAGAAAACGCUGAAUCCACAACAACACCUUCAGAGUCUUCUGGAGAAGAAUCUACUACUAUUGCCAGUUCAGAAGAUGGGUCUGGCGAAUCUACAGAAUCAUCUGGAGAUUCUGAAUCCACUACCAGUGCUGCCACAACUUCGGAGGAGGGAUCUGGAGACACAUCCACACCAGCUGAAGCUUCUGGAGAGGAACCGUCAACUACUCCAACAUCAGAAGGAUCUGGAGAAUCCAGCGAUGCUCCAGAAUCGUCAGGUGAAUCUGAAUCCACCACCGCUGCUACCGAAGCCUCUGGAGAAGAUGUGAACAUCCCAACAUCUACUGAAGCUUCAGGGGAAGAACCUACAACCGUCGCUGCUUCUGAAGAUGGAUCUGGUGAAACAACUUCAGUACCAGAAGAAUCUGGAGAAGAGCCAGCCGUGAAAUCAAGUGUUGGAAAAGAUGAUUCCGAAGGAUCUGGUGAAUCUACUGAAGCCACCACCCCUGAAUUAUCUGGAGAAGCUACAACAUCUGAAGAAGGAUCAGGAGAAUCAGAGAGCACAACUGCUACAUCUGAAGUCACUGGAGCUUCAGAAUCUUCUGGAGAAGAGUCUACAACCAUCGCUGCCUCCGAAGAUGCUUCUGGAGAAACCACUGAAGCCUCAGGUGAAUCUGAAACCACCACACUUCCAUCAGAAUCUUCUGGAGAGACCGAUUCUACAACCUCAGCUACAACAUCAGAGGAGGCCUCUGGAGAUUCUGAAUCCACCACCGCCCCAAUUGAAUCAUCUGGAGAAGAAGGAUCUGGUGAAACAUCUACAUCUGCACCAGAAGGAUCAGGGGAAUCUGAAACCACCACUGCUGCUUCAGACGCCCCAGAAUCAUCAGGAGAAACAUCUACUUUGCCUUCAGAAUCAUCUGGAGAAUCAGAAACCACCACCACCGCUUCUGAAGUCACUGAAUCGUCCGGAGAAUCUGAAACCACGACUACUCCAUCAGAAUCAUCUGGAGAAGAGCCAGAAAAAGUCAGCAAAGUUCCAACAGAUGAAUCAAAUGAUGAUGCAGCUUCUGGACAAGAAUCUACAACAGCUCCAACAUCAGCAGAAGGAUCUGGAGAAUCUACUGAAUCAUCAGGUGAUGCUGAAAGCUCUACCUUAGCUGCUGAUCUUGCUGGAAAAUCCACCAAAGCAAGUUCGGAAGAAGGAUCUGGAGAAUCUGAAGGAUCUGGAGACGUUGAUGUUACAACUGAAGCUUCAGGAGAUGCUGAAGCUACGACCACCGCUUCAGAAUCCUCUGGUGAAAUCGAUGUUCCAACAUCCACUACUGCCACUUCUGAAGAGGGAUCUGGAGAAUCUGAAUCCACCACCUCAGCCACUGAAGCUUCUGGCGAAACCCCGGAAUCCAGCACAACCAUCGCAGCUUCGGAAGAUGGAUCUGGUGAAACAUCUGAUUCUACAACUUCAGCUCCAACAUCAGAAGGUUCAGGAGAAUCUGAAUCAUCUGGAGAAGAGCCAGCAGUGAAAUCCAGUGUUGGAAAAGAUUCCGAAGGUGCUGAAACUACUACUGAGGCUGCUGAAUCUUCUGGAGAAGAAUCGACUACAACACCAACUUCAGAUGAGGGAUCAGGUGAAUCGACAUCUACUGAACCACAAGAAUCUUCUGGUGAAUCUGAAGCCACAACAUCAGCGCCAGAAUCGUCGGAAUCUACCACAGCCACAUCCGAAUCUUCUGGUGAAGAGGGAACUACACCAACAACUUCUGAAUCAAAAGAUCAAGAGGGCUCUGGCGAAACAACUGAAGGUUCAGGAGAUGCUGAAUCUACAACCAGUGCUGCCACAACAUCGGAAGAGGGUUCUGGAGAAUCAGAAACAUCUACAUUAGCUCCAGAAUCGUCAGGUGAAACAUCUGAAGCUACCACCACAGAAUCCUCUGGCGAGGAGGGGUCAGAAACAUCUACAUUAGCCGCUGAUCUUGCUGGAUCUUCCUCGACAACACCAUCGGAAGGAGAAUCUGAAGCCACUACAGCUGCUGCUGAAUCUUCAGGAGAAUCAUCUGGUGAGACUGAAGAACCAGCUGAGAAGGUCACCAAGGUUCCAACUGAAGAAUCGCAAGAUUCUAAGGUCACCGAAGCUUCUGGAGAGGAAUCAACAACAUCAGCCGCACCUUCAGAAUCAUCUGGAGAAGAAUCUACAACGUUGGCUGCUGAAUCUGAGAGCUCUGGAGAAUCUGAAUCAACAACAGCUCCAUCAGAAUCAUCUGGUGAAUCUCCACAAGUCACAACUUCGGGUGAAGGAUCAGGAGAAGAAUCAACCACUGAAGCUUCGGGAGAGGAAUCCACCACAACAUCAGCAACAACUUCAGAAGCAUCUGGAGAAUCUGAAUCCACCACUGCUGUCACUGAAUCUUCAGGUGAAAUAGAAUCCACAACCAUCGCUGCCUCUGAAGAUGCCUCAGGUGAAACUGAAGGUUCAGGAGAUUCUGAAUCGACAACAACUUCAGCCAGCACCACUGAAGCUUCCGAAUCAUCUGGAGAAGAGCCAGCUAUAAAAUCCAACGUGGGAAAGGAUUCAGAAGGAUCUGGUGAAUCUACUGAAGCCACCACCCCUGAAACAUCUGGAGAAGCUACAACAUCUGAAGAAGGAUCGGGAGAAUCAGAAAGCACUACUGCAACAUCUACUGAAGCUUCCGGAGAAGAGUCUACAACGAUUUCAGCUUCUGAAGAUGGAUCUGGUGAAUCGGAAUCUACUACCACAACUCCAACAUCGGAAGAGAGUUCAGGAGAAUCUACAACAUCAGCCUCCGAAGCUCCAGAAUCAUCAGGACAAGAGGAAUCUACCACAACCUCAACUUCAGAAGAGAGUUCGGGAGAAACAUCCACUCCAGCUGAAUCUUCAGAAGAAUCCGAUGCGACAACUGUUGCUCCAGAAGUCACAGAAAGCUCUGGUGAAGCGGAAUCCACAACCAUAGCUUCAGAAUCAUCUGGAGAGCCCGAAGAGCCAGCUGAAAAGGUCAGCAAAGUUCCAACUGAACAUUCAGAAGAUGACAAGGUUACUGAAGCUUCUGGUGAAGAAUCUACAACAGCUCCAACUUCUGAAGAAGGAUCAGGGGAGACUUCAACUGCUGCCUCAGAAUCCUCUGGAGAAACCGAAUCCACUACUGCAUCUUCUGAAUCUCAAGAAUCAUCUGGAGAAUCAGAAACUUCCACCUUGGCCGCUGAUCUUGCAAGCUCUGAAGAAGCAUCUGGAGAAUCGGAAAGCACCACAGCAGCUUCUGGAGAAGAAUCUACAACAUCGCCUAGCUUAGAAUCAUCUUCAGCUUCAACUUCAGAAGAAGGAUCAGGAGAAUCAUCUGGCGAAGAACCAGUUGAAAAAGUGACCAAAGAAGAAUCGCAAGAUUCCAAGGUCACUGAAGCUUCUGGGGAAUCUACAGAAUCUACAACAUCGGCCACAACUUCGGAAGAGGGAUCUGGAGAAUCUGAGAGCACUACCGCUGCCGUCACUGAAUCAUCUGGAGAAGAAUCAACCACAUCAGCAACUUCAGAAUCAUCGGGAGAAUCGACUGAUGCCUCAACUACACCAGAAGAAGGAUCGGGAGAAUCUGAAACAACUACUCAACCUUCUGAAGAAUCAACAACACCAUCAGAAUCAUCUGGAGAAGAAUCUACGGCCCCAGAAUCAUCAGGUGAAUCAGAAUCUACCACCGUCGCUUCUGAAGUCAUUGAAUCAUCUGGCGAAGAACCAGUUGAGAAGGUCACUAAAGUUCCAACUGAAGAAUCACAAGAUUCCAAGGUUACCGAGGCUUCAGGCGAAACCACACCUUCUGAAGGAUCAGGUGAAUCUGAAGCUACUACUCCAGAAGGAUCAGGAGAAGAAUCUACAACAUCUACUCCGGAAUCGGAAUCAGAAUCCACCACAGCUCCAGUAGAAUCGUCUGGAGAAUCUGAAUCUACUACCGCUUCAUCAGAAUCAUCUGGAGAAGAAUCAACCACAUUAGCAACAUCUGAGGGAACUACUGAAGCUUCAGGAGAAUCAGAAUCCACCACCUCUGCCUCUGAAGAUUCCAACACAACCAUCGCAGCUUCGGAAGAUGGAUCUGGUGAAACAACAUCAGCCCCAACAUCGGAAGGAUCAGGAGACUCUGAAUCAUCUGGAGAAGAGCCAGCUGUGAAAUCAAGUGUUGGAAAAGAUUCCGAAGGCGCUGAAACCACAACCAAGGCUGCUGAUUCUGAAGGAUCAGGGGAAUCUGAAACCACAACUGGAUCAUCGGAAGCUUCAGGAGAGGAAUCUACAACAACAUCAGAAGCUCCAGCAUCCAGCGCGGCUACUGAAGGUCAAGAAUCAUCAGGAGAUUCAGAAUCCACAACCACUACGGCUUCAGAAGUCACAGAAUCAUCUGGAGAAUCUACAACAUCAGCCACAACAUCUGAAGAAGGAUCUGGAGAAUCUAGUACAACUGAAUCUUCUGGCGAACAACCAUCUGAGAAUGUCACCAAAGUUCCAACUGAUGAAUCCCAAGACGAAAAGGUCACUGAAGCUUCUGGAGAAACAUCUGAAGCUACCACUGUGUUAACCUCGGAGGAGGGAUCAGGAGAUGCUGAAUCAACAACAUCGGCUACAACUUCGGAAGGUGGAUCUGGAGAAUCUGAGAGCACCACUGAAUCAACAACAUCGGAAGAAUCAUCAGGAGAAUCAACCACCCUUCCAUUCGAGUUCAAGGAAGCUUCAGGAGAAAUCGAGAGCACCACUGGAACAUCAGGAGAAUCUACAACAUCAGUAGAAGGAUCAGGAGACUCUGAAUCUACCACCCCAGCUCCAACUUCAGCAGAAUCAUCUGGAGAAGAACCAUCAGAAAAAGUCACCAAAGUUCCAACCGAUGAAUCUCACGACGACAAGGCUUCCGAAGCUUCUGGGGAAUCAUCUGGAGAGUCCACAACCGCUCCAACUUCAGAAGAUGGAUCAACAACCAUCGAUGCUUCUGGCGCAGAAUUCUUCAAAUCUGAAGAUGCCUCAAAAUCCACAGAGUCAUCUGAAUCCACCACAACUCCAGCUGAAUCAGAAUCAGAAUCCACCCCCGAACCAGCCGCCUUUGUGACUGAUUCAGGUGAGAUCGACAUUCCCACGCACGGUACAACCACACCCGAUCCAAACACCCCAACAAUCACUCCAAAAGCAUCGAUAACAUCUACAGAUCUGGCCACCGAUGCUCCAGAAACAUCGGAAGAGCAAUUCGAGAAGAAGACACAUGGUGCAUCAGAUUCGGAAAAUCAGAAGGAUGAUUCGAGCACCACCGUAUCAUCCCUGACUUCAGAAGAUGUAAAGGAGGAGGUGAAGAAGCCUGAGGAAUCUGGAGAAGAUCAAGAUGAGGAUAGCAAAUUGGCCAAGGAGGUCGGACAGCAAUUUGCAGCCGAGUUAGCCAAAAUCACUACGAUCGAGCCGCCUGCAUUUGUGACUGAUGAUGGGGUGACUGAGGCUACUACUGUGAGCUCAGAGGAGCCGGCGAAGGUUACCAAGGUGGCUACCGAGUUAUCGAAAGAUGAGGAAGCUUCGGGAGAGUCUGCCACAACAUCGGAACCAUCUCCAACUUCAGGAGAAGCAUCUGGAGAAUCAGCCACAACUUCAGCUACAUCAGAAAAAUCAUCAGAAAGCUCCCCAGCUUCAGAAUCCACUACUGAGAGCUCUGGAGAAUCAACUACAACUUCGCAGCCAUCAGAAGCCACUACUGAAAGCUCUGAGGCUUCUGGAGAGUCAGCCACAACUUCAGCUACAUCAGAAGAAUCAUCAGGAUCCUCACCAGCAUCAGAAUCUACCACUGAAAUCUCUGAAGGAUCAGGAGAAUCAGCUACAACAUCGGAACCAUCUGAAUCUACCAUUGGAAGCUCGGAAGCCUCUGGAGAAUCUCCUGAAGUCACCACCAAGACAUCCGAAGCUUCUGGAGAGCUCCCCGAAUCCUCAGGCUCCGAAGACGACGUGAUCGCCGCCAUCAAGACCGAAGAUUCCGCUGAGAACAACUCCAACUCCACCAAAAGCGCAGAAGAAACCACCACACCUCUCGAUGCCUUUGUCACCGCUCCAGAUCCACCUGAAUCACUAGACUCCACAGAAUCUGUAGAAGAUUCCGAAGAUCUCUUCAACAAGACCAUCUUGACCAACACACAUCGUGAAGAUCUACCGAACAAUGUCGGAUUUGUGCCCUCUUCCGAACCCAAGCCUAAAACAUCUGAGGAAGAAGAAGAGGAAGCCGAGUCCAAGAAUGAUUACGAAGAUAAUGUAUCAAGUGCCACGUCAUCCUCUACCGUACUCCCAACUACAACUACAGUAGCCCAAACUACAACUGAACCCCCAGUUCAACUCGUGAAGGAUCUGAUUGAUGCGUUGGCUGCUGGUGGCCUAGAUUUCAUUUUGGGACGGCCGAGAAAACCAACAUCGCAAGCGGCCGAAGAUCUGAUCAACAAAAAAUUGGGUAGGUUUUACAAUUAGUGACAGGCACUACAGUAAUCUGCAGGAGGUACUGUAGCUACAGAAUUGUGUGCACGCUAACCCAAAAUUCCAGGUCCAAUUCAACGUUUGUUACCGGAAGAGAUUGUGAAACAUGGUAUGUCCCAAACUAACCGCUUGUAUUUUUAUAUGUAGUUUGAACUCACACUAAUUUGUUUGUAGUUUGUACUUUGAACUCAUCAACACUAAUUUUCUAGUUUGGCCUAGCUAGAGUCUAGUUUAAUAUUUUAGUUGCUUUCGUAGAAAAUAUUCUUUCUAGCUAUAUCCUAUAGUCUAGUUUGAUCAUGAUACCCAGAAGCAUGAAGAUAAUGUGCAGUUCAUUUUCUAGUUUGACCUAGCUGCUUUAGACUUUAGUCUAGUUUGAUCUAACCAUGGAAGAUUUUGGUUUUCAUAAAAUUACUGAACUAUAGUCUAGUUUUAAUUUGAUAACCAAAGCAAAACAAUAGUCUAGUUUGACCCAGUUACCUGCUUUACUAUAAUAUAGACUUUUUGAACUAUAGUGUAGUCUUGUGCCUACAAUCUAGUCCAUACCGUCAUAACUAAAUUCUAGUUUGAAUACCUUACUAUGGUGAAAUAAACAAUACUCAAUUAACUAGAGUCUAGUCUAUAUCACCCUACCUCAACUAAACUAUAGUCUAGUCUAGUCCUCACCAAACUACACUCUAGUCAAUCCACUAAUCCAACCCGAUUUCAAGAAUGCAAAAACGGCCUGAUCCACUACACCACCUCCGAACUCACCGAUCUCUCAAUCCGCUUCGACCGCGACGCGACCGCAUUCUCGCUGGAUCAUUGCGCGCGAAUGUGCUAUGAGACGGGAUGCCGGCGAGCCGCAUUCACACGAUUCCCACGACCUGUCUGUUUGAUGCACUUUGGCGAUAAUAAGGAUGAGAUAACACCGUGUAACAACUCUACCACUUCUUCUAAUAACAUGCCGUGGAGAUUUACUAAAAUCAACCAAGUUGUCUCGAUACAAUGUGUCACGUGUGGUAUGUAUGAUAAUUAAAAUUCGGGUGUGAUGUGGACUAAUUAAUUAAUUAAUUAAUUUUUAAUUGGGGCUUCAAAUAAUUAUCAAGUUGAUGCCACGUGGCAUUAGGAGCAUUUUGAGUAUAAACGUAAUGGUACAGUCUCACCUUAAAGGCUCAUACAGUAUCCUCUAGGCUUGUGAGGUCUCAAAAUGACCAGUAGGAGCUAGAGAGUAUAGAAAUCCCCCCAUAAUUCUCUUCAUGAGAUGCCACGUGGAAUUGGGAGCCUUUUGAGUAUAAACACAAUGGUACAGUCUCACCUUGAAGGCUCAUACAGUAUCCUCUAGGCUUGUGGGGUCUCAAAAUGACCGGGAGAACCUGGGGAGCCCAGAUAUCGCCUUACUUACCCUCAAAAAAUCGCGAAUUUCCAGCCGAAGACCCGAAAAAAUCGCACGACAUCACACAAUUCUCAAUGGAUGAAGCAUCGCAAACCCAAGACUCGUCCGCUUCCGCCACUCCAAUCGAUCAAGGCGUCAGCUCGAAAUGCUCAAAUGGUCGUGUCGAAUUCCAAGUCAUUCCAGUCGCCUCCCUUCCCAAACUCAAUAUCACCAACGAUGUGCCGGCAAGUUCGCCAGCGGAUUGCGCGCGCAAGUGCUUCGAGACCGCACAUUGCAAAACUGCCGGAUUCAUCCCAUCUCCUUCCGGAAUAAGCGCGCAAGGCGUUUGCCUGCUGACUUCCGAUGACGUGGUGUGCGGGAAUUUGGCGGAUUUCGUUCCGCAACACGCCGCAUUGCAUCCAUUUGUUGUGUCGUGUAUACAGUGUACUUGUGAGUUUGCGGCAGGGUUUUCUAGAUCCGCCCACAAAAUCAAUAUUUGCAGCCUGCACCUACAAUCUUCGCCCAAUCACACCAACGCGCACAAUGCCCGCGAUGAAAACGCAUGAGAAGGCGGACAACGUGCAAGCGUGCGCUAAACUAUGUGCCGAUAUCAAGUGUACCAUGGCCAAAUUCGACGGAAACACCAAGAUUGUGAGUUUUUUUUUUGGAAAAAUAUGGGUGCCACUUGUUUUACUGUGAAAAAUUUAAAAAAAAAAUUUUGCAAAAUUUCGCCAAAAUAUAGCUUGCGGGGUGUCAAAAUGCUCCAAAUUUCGAACCGAAUUCGAAAAUUCCGAAAUUUUUCAGUGCUCAAUGACCCGCGACGUAUUAUCCGACGAUAAAUGUCCGCAAGAAGUCGCCACCCAAAUCCACGACUCUCUACUACCCGUCAGCCUCGAAUGCGUCAAAUGCUCUUCAUAA